GAUAAUUACAAUCGAAUUAUACGAAUUUUCUGAAAACCCUCCUGAAAACAAUUUCCUAAAACUCGCUAAUUUAAUUAAUAUCAUGAUUUCCCACUCCUCUGUGGAAUAGGAUGAGUUAAUUAUUUUUCUGGCUAUAUAUAAAUACAACAAAUCCUAAACUUCCUCCUUGUCUCUUCUUGUGUCCUUUAGCGUGUUGUUCUCGUCUACGAGUUACAUUAUUAAGUGUCUGUAACGAGACAAAUACAAUGCUGCGUUACUUUAUUCCCAUACCUAAAACAAAAAAGAUUGUUCUCGGGAAUGUGUUCAAGUUUACGCAAACGGAUAAGAAAAAGGGAACGAAAACUGAACUUAACAUAAGCUUGAGCCGUAAACAAGUGGAGGAUUCCAUUGAUAGAAGCUCCCAUGGAGUUGAGGCUAUUGUUAGAGAGGAUCUUGUUAGAAUUAAAGCGUACAUUAUUCUUCUCCGAUCUGUGAUAGACCACAUGAAUAAGCCAUGUAAUCAAGAAAUCAGCAAUCGUUUCAUUAAAGAUCUCAAGAUACGAUGGAGCAGUGGUUUGACCUUGGCUUGCAAGUCAUCAAAUGGUCUAAGCCUUGCGAGUAUAUUUAAAUCUAGUGCACCAUUCUUCCAAUCUAAAGAUAUGUUGUUUGAGCUUCAUAUGAUAUUAUUUAUCUACGCUUUAAAGCUCAGGGAGAAAGCAAUGGUGUUAGUCUCCAAAGCAGAUAUGGUGGAAUCUACAAAGGCUUAUAGAGAAGCAGCUGGUGUUUUUAACUAUGUAUCUAAUAAGAUUGAUCAUCGUGAUUGGUCAUAUAUUGAGAAGUUCCCAGAGUUAACAUCUCCCGUUUGCUCUUCUUUGACGCUCAUUUGUUUAGCUGAAGGACAGGCUGCGACGGCAAAUAAGGCCGAAGAGAAGGGGACAAGUGCAAGUCUAGUGGCAAAGCUUCAUUACGGUGUUACACAAUUUGUUGCUGAAGCCAAUGCUUCUCUCUUAUCCAAAACUAACACACAAGUUAAACAUCUCUCAUCCCGUUUUUUGGAUUAUGUGAGAACAUUGGGAGCUUUGCACGAGCUAAAGAGUGGAAAACACUUAGCUGAAAGCUUGGAAUCGGAAGGGGAAUUAGGAGAAGCCAUCGGAGUCUUGCGCCGUACGUUGGCCAGAGCAAAAAUGACGACUCAGUGCCGGGAUGACACGUGGAAAUCGAUUUUCAAGAAGGAGAGAGAGCAGGUGACUACAAUGAUGAAUAAGUACGAGUGUUUAAACAAAACCAUGAUGCUUCAGCGUAUCCCUGUAGAAGCUGACUUACCUACUCUUCAAGGUGAUAAGAUUGUAAAGCUAAUCCCUUACGUUGACGGUUGACCAAAUAGAUUAAAGAACUUAACUUUUGAGAGCUUGUAAGAAACCAAGCUAAAUCCCUUACGUUUAUACGGUUUAUUUUCUUUUGA